AUCCAUCCAAGAUGGGUAAGAUUAUGAAGCCUGGGAAGGUGGUGCUGGUCCUUAGCGGCCGGUACGCUGGUCGCAAAGCCAUCGUAGUAAAAAACUACGACGAGGGUACGUCAGACAAACCGUACGGACACGCUUUCGUUGCCGGCAUCGACAGAUAUCCUCGCAGAGUACACAAGAGGAUGGGCAAAAACAAAAUUCACAAACGCUCUAAAGUAAAGCCCUUCGUUAAGGUAGUGAAUUACAACCACCUGAUGCCAACUCGCUACUCCGUUGACUUCAGCUUUGAGAAGUUUAGCGCCAAGGACCUAAAGGACCCAGCGAAGCGCAAAAAGCUGCGUUUCAACACCCGUGUGCGCUUUGAAGAGCGGUACAAAAGCGGAAAGAACAAAUGGUUCUUCCAGAAGCUUAGGUUCUAAGAUAAUAAAUUCACUACUACUAUAA